UUGACUAGGCCAAAGCUGCAUCGGUUCUUUAUUACUUUUAUUUAUUAAUGUGCGCGGUGUAGAUUAUUUCCAAGCAGUGAAAAGAAGAAAAAUCUAGAUCUAUGUAUGCCAUAGUUAUUUGCCUUAUGUUGGGAAUCGUUGCAGCUAUUGCCAUUUCAACGAUUCUUUCAUCGCUGGAUGCUUCUUCAGACGAAAAUGCAGUGAACAGUCCGACUAAAGCGCAGAUUCGAAGGAGCCCGAUAAGUGGUGAAAUGAGGAACAUGUUUUGGAUAGUACAGCUUUCAGAUAUCCACAUCAGCAAGUAUAAAGAUUCAGCACGUGGUCCUGACCUACAGAAAUUUUGUGAUGAAUAUAUCCCUGUCAUCAAUCCAAAACUUGUCCUUAUCACUGGUGAUCUGACUGAUGCUAAAGUACAAGAUGGUAUUGAGUCCCAACAAAUAGAAGAUGAAUGGAUUAUGUAUGAGAAUAUUAUGAAACGUUGUAGCACACUAAGCCAGGCAAAAUGGCUGGAUCUACGAGGAAAUCAUGAUUCUUUUGAUGUUUCACAUUUUGACAGCAAGAACAAUUAUUUCAGAUCCCAUUCAGUCAGAAAGACAGGCUCCCAGAAUCCAACAGAGCUGGAUGGUGCUUAUGUUCACCAGCUUGAGUUGCCCUACGGGGUGUAUUCUUUUAUAGGGAUUGAUGCCUGCAGUAAACCUGGGCUACACAGGCCUUUCAACUUUUUUGGCUACCUUAAUGAGGCUCAGAUUCAACACUUGAAAAAAUUGUCAGCACUAACAAAACACAGCAACCAAACAAUUUGGUUUGGUCACUUCCCAACAUCUUUAAUCGUUCAUGAUCCUCCUAUAUUAAGACAAAUUAUGGGUAAUGGAAUAGCCUAUCUCUGCGGCCAUCUGCACACAAUGUUUGGCUAUGUACCAAACAUGUUUGCCAAGCAUAAAACAGGACAGCUGGAACUGGAGUUGGGAGACUGGAAAGAAAACAGAAUGUUCCGAGUUCUUGUCAUGGAUCAUGACAUCCUAACUUUUACUGACGCCAAGCUAGGAGAUUGGCCCCUGGUAGUCAUAACAAACCCCAAGGAUAAGCAGUUCAUCUCUCCAACACUAGAGCCCAUUGAUUUGAUUGCAACAUCCUCACAUAUAAGAAUUGUGGCCUUUAGCAGUGCCCCCAUCAAGAUGAUAACAGUCAAAUUAGACAACCGCAUAGUAGGAGAAGCUUAUCAAGUGUGGCGUGGGUAUCCCUUGUAUACGCUGAGCUGGACCCCCCAGUUGUUUGUUUACGGUCAGCACACCAUCCAAGUUUUUGUUCAAGAUGAAAUGGGCAGAAACAAAACCAUCAAACAGCAUUUUACUCUGGAGAUUGCUGAGAAAAAGUUUGGCAUUGUGUCCAGGGCUCUGCUCAUGUUAAACAUCUACUCACUGGGUAAGCUGGUAUUUGGCUUACUGGUGUUCUUCUAUGUCUUUAUUCUCACAUCAUUCCGCCAGUGUAUGUGCAUUCGACUUUAUUAUCUACGUGAUGUUAUGCUAUUGGGCCCAGUUGUUAAUUCUUUUCUGAUGAAAAUCUGGCUAGCUGCACGCACCAAUGUGGCAUACUACAUCCUUGUUGGAUCUGUCCUGUACUUGACAUUUGGUCCAUGGUUCAUCGGCCACCUCUUGACUGACCAGCUGGGCGUGGUCUUUGUUUGGGGUAUCUUGAUCAACGGCUCAUUCAUCCCAGGGGGUUUAACCUUCUUUUACGGCAUUUUCCAGUUCCUGUCCUUCAACCUCCCCUUGACCUUGAUCCUGGGUCACCAGCUGGACCUACAGCGCAAGCACGGCAAGAGACUGACCAUCCUGAAGCACAUGAGCAUCCUGGCGCCGGCCGUUGUCCUGCUGGUCAUCACGACCAAGCUGGCGCUGACAGAGUUCCCCUCCGCGUAUGGUGUGGAGGCCCUCUUGUACGGGCCCCUGAGGACAGGGAAUGUCCUACUGCUGCCUGCUGCUGUCUGGCUGGCCUACAGGACUGACUUGAGGAAAAUUCUUGCAGUUAAUGAACCGGCUUAACGUUCGCUCUAAUUAGGCGUGCUUGAAUGUGUCGGUGGGAGAUGCUUGUUU